AUGACAACCCCAAAGAGAGCAGAAUGGGAGACUCUUUUUAAAGAUUUUCCCGCCCAAAAGCAAUAUAAAAUUUUUGAAGAAAGUUCUAAUAUUUGUUAUAAUAGGUCCUACUGUGACGAUUUAAAUAUUCCCGAUCCAACUAAAAAAAGAGAACUUAUAAAUCUUUGUAAAAAGAUAGCAUGCAGAUAUACAAAUUUACCUUAUAUUGUUCGUUCAGAGAAAAAAUAUUCCGAUCGCUGUUCAUAUUUCAUUCAUUGGGCACAAGAUGUAAUUAGAAAACAUUUUAAAGUCGAUUUAGCCAGUAGUUAUUACUAUCAUUUCAUUUUUAAACUUAUCGAUGUAGCUCGUGAAAUAAGUUGGGAAGAUUUAAAAUCCCCUCCUUGUCAACGUUUAUUUGAUAGUGAUUUUAAACAUUGGGAAGUUGAAAAAGAUAUUCAUGAUUAUUUUAAAAACGUAGAUACCUUAUCAAAAAAAAUUGAUACUGAUGUUGAUAAACGCAAUUCCUACCUAGAAUAUUUAACUUAUAUUAAACGUUUAUAUGAAAAUAACUACAGAGAAUGUUGCGAUCCGUAUGAUAUUUCAUAUAGUAAUUGUCCUAAUUACUUUGUAUGUAAUCCAAAUUUCCAUCCGAAUGAAUUGAUAGCUAAAAUAAACCCCGAUACUCAAGUUAGAAGAGUUACAGUCAAACUGGAUCAAGAGGAGGCUCCACAUUACAAGGAAAAUCAGCUAGAUACAAUACUCGUAAUCAAGGUGCGUAUUGUCCAACUGGUACGACAUACGAUUAUAAAUCGCAUACAUGUAAAACUCCAGAAGGACUUAGCUUUAAAGUAG